GUACGCUAGAAGACUAGAUUCCCUUUUGUCUUAUACCGUUGGAAGAAUAACAGCAAUUCAUUUUUAUAAUGAAAAAGAUCUUUUUUAAUCUUGUUUUGGCGAUCGCUGUGAUAGUAUUUCUACUAAACAUUUUAUGGCGUACUGUUUAUUCAAGCACAAGCCUUGACAAUGAUCAAAAAUGGUCAUACCUAACCAAAAACGCGCCAAUUCUGGAAAUGUUGCAAGCCAUCGCCUCCUCUUCUUUGAUAAAUGGGAUUUCAAAAACGUUUGAAUCAAGAUGGUUGACCAAGGCUGAGACCUGCCAAGGAUUGCCAGAGGACACCAUGGACAGCAUCUUUCAUCUCAAGAACAUUCAGUGUAGCAAACUUUUCUCAGCCGACAAAGCAUUCAUGAAUCACACCCUAAACCAAAUCAAACAAACAAGCUGGACAAUGCUAUCUAACGAAUACUACAUUAAUCUCACCACUGACUGCCCGAGAUUCAAACAGUCCCGAGGAUACGUCACUUGCAAGUUGACUCAAGAAGAGGAGGACUUCCCAAUCGCGUACUCACUCAUAAUCUACAAAGAUAUUGAGAUGGUGGAGAGGCUUCUCAGAGCCAUUUACAGGCCUCAGAACUACUACUGCAUUCACGUGGAUAAGAAAUCUGACCAAAAUUUCUUCAUUGCUGUGUCGGCCAUAGCCAAAUGCUUUGAGAAUGUUUUUAUCGCCCCUGAGCGUCUUGCAGUUCAUUGGGGAACGUACACUGUACUGGAGCCGGAACUUGUCUGUAUGCAGCAACUCUGGAGGUUUCGAAAAUGGAAGUAUUUCAUUAAUUUGACAGGUCAGGAAUUUCCACUCAGGACAAACUGGGAAUUGGUUCAAAUCUUAAAGUCAUAUAGAGGAGCUAAUGAUUUGGAAGGAACAAUAAAACGAUUAAUUCGCAGCCGAUUGCCUACAGAUCCACCACAUAACAUAACAGCCAUUAAAGGGUCAGUUCACAUUGCAGUCAACAGAGAUUUUGUAGAUUACAUACUACACCAUCGGACGGCUAAAGAUCUGCUGGACUGGGUCAAAAACACAAGCAUUCCAGACGAGACAUUCUUCACCACUUUAAAUCACAAUCCACAGUUGGGAAUUCGAGGAACAUAUAAAGGUGUUCCAGAGACGGACAACGAUGACUCCAUGAUCAAACCAUUUUUAACCAGAUUCAAAAAUUGGGGAGAAAAACUCUGCGCUGGUCAUUGGGUUAGAGGCAUUUGUAUUCUAUCAACAGGAGACCUGCCGCUACUUGGACGCGCUAAACACAUGUUCGCCAACAAGUUUUUCCUGUGGGAGGACCCAAUCGCUAUCGGCUGCUUGGAGGAAAUGAUCUACAACAACACCAGAGAUGAGCUGAGCGGGGUCAAGGUUUUCAACUCAACUUUCUACAGUCAGCUGGGGUUUGUACUCAACCAGGUCACGUAG